GCGAUCGCCCCCCGCCCCCGCGGCAUCCGCUGAUCGCGGCGCUUCCCCCGCUUUGGCCCCAAAGCGGCGCCUUUAAGGCCGAGUUUAAGCGCAGGGCCCGCGAGUUCAGCUCGGCCCGGCCCGGGGGUCCCGCCGCUCGGGCCCAUCCAGGGGGCCCGGGGGUGGCGGGGGGACCCGGGGCGGUGCCGGGAGGGGUCCCGAAGGGGAUCCCGGGGCAUUCCCGGCAAUUCCCCCGGGCCCGCCCCCCGCGCUCCCUCGGCCACUUUCGCUUUCGCGUCUCCCGAACUGCGCCCAGCGGGGCCAGCGGAGCAGCGCGAUGGCUCCAGCGCUGGGGCUGGGGGCGCUCCUGGCGCUCCUGGGGGUCUCGGGGGGGCAGCCGAAGGUUCUCCACUCCAUGCGUUACCUGGAGGUGGCGGUGACGGAGCCCAGCCCGGGGAUCCCUCAAUUCAUGGUGUUGGGAUACGUGGAUGGGAUCCCCUUUGAGCGCUACGACAGCGAGCGGGGCUGGGUGGAGCCGCUGACACCGUGGAUGGCGGCUGGAGCUGAGCCGGGAUAUUGGGAUAGAGAGACCCAGAUCGACAGGGGGAACCAGCUCGUGGCUGCCUACAAACUGGAUGUAGGGCGGGAUCGGUACAACUGGAGUGGGGGUGAGUGGGGGGAGCUGGAGAAUGGGGGAUGUGUGGGGCUGGGAUGGGAUGUGUGGGGCCAGAAUGUGGAUCCAAGGCACUCCAAUGUAGAGGAUCGGUUAGAAAUGCGAGGACAUAUGAACAUGGCUAAGGCUAUGGAUGAGCUGCUAAAGUAUAAGACGCAGUCUGACUAG